UAGGCUUGGGCAGAGACCCCUGACUCUAAGGCACCAGCUCAGGAAACUACAAUUGCGGUGGGAUUUGUGUAGAACUCUGAGGGAACGGUAUUCAUGACAGGAUGACUAGAGCACAGAAAGGAAGAGGGAGUUUAGCUAGAGGUCUGGGUAGAAGGAAGGGUAGUAGACAAGAAGGAGGGUGGUUUGUGCUUGGGAGUGAGAGCCUGGGAGAAGACCAGGCUAAUUAGCCAGAGAAAAGGACGAGAAGAGAGUAAAGACUAGAGCAUCUGGCACAGUAAUUAAGGAACCCAUGACACUCCGGUAUUGUGGGUGAGUCCAAGGGAGCGGAGGAGCAAAGGAGAAGAACGAGAAGCCUAGAGAGAAAUGGCUGAUGGGUGAGUGUACUGGGUGGUAGGAUGCCCCGGUUCAUUAAUUAGAGGCUGCCGUUGACCUCAGCCGAAGCUGUGCUGAGAACUGAAGGCAGUGUGGGACAUGCAGUGGGAGAACAGGAAACAGAAGCAGAAAAUAGGUGCUUCCGCUACAAAAGGGAAGUGGGCUGUACGGAGCCGCCCUGAGAAGGAAGUGAAGUCCGGGAGAGGUUUCAGUGGGUUGUGAGGAAAUCGGCAGCUUUGUGAACCCACAGAAGAAGUCAGGCUGAGAAUACACCAGACGGGGAGAUAAACGGACCAGCUCCUCCGAGGGAGGCAUUAGGAAAGUGACUAAGAGUAAAUGUUUUCCAGGGAGAAAAAUAAGUAAAAUGAGAAUGGUAAUCGUUCACCAAUCCAGGAAGUAUUUAAAAAGUAUCUACCAUAUACCAGACUAUGUGCUGUGAAUCAGAAAAACACUCUGCUUACACUAUAUUACUUAAGUCCAGUGACCUAAAACAGAAGUGAAUCUAAAAGGAAAACCAGAGAAGACUUUGGCCUUUCAGGCCUAGGCCAAAUCAAGGAGUUUUGCCACUGGCAGAAGCACAGAAAACUUCAUGGGAAGGAGUCCCUGAGAUUGGUCCUUACUGCUUGUUACAGAGGCCAGUGGAGGCCCAGAACCUGAAACUUGAACACAGAAUCCCUUUACGACCAAGCCAGACAUCCUCGCUGCUGCUGCUGCUGCUGCCGCCUGCCUGCCUGCCUGCCUGCCUGCCUGCCUGCCUGCCUGCCCACCCUCCUGGACUUGCAGCCUACCGCUUGACUUUUUCUCCAAUUCUACUGCCAGCUGAGGAGACUCCCCACAGCUGCUGGCUCCUGCCUGGGACCAUGUGUGCGAAUGCUGCACGGGAAAAGCAAGGCGUUUGCUCCUGGCAUGGAUCCCAGCGCAGUUUCUCCUGUUGACUUCUGGACCGCAGAUGCAGCUGCUGAGGAGGUAUUUCCUGGCAUCUCUCCCUCUGCUAUCACCAGCUAAGGACUGGCCCCAAAUCAAGCAGGCAAGUGUCGGGAUGGGCCACGCUACACCAAGCCAACGCUAGGGCGCGAGGUGUGAAGAGUUGGCCAGAAUGACCAACUCCUCCUCCACUUCGACCUCCACCACCACCGGAGGAUCCCUGCUGCUGCUCUGCGAGGAAGAAGAAUCGUGGGCGGGCCGGCGGAUCCCGGUGUCUCUCCUGUACUCGGGGCUGGCCAUCGGGGGCACGCUGGCCAACGGUAUGGUCAUCUAUCUUGUGUCGUCCUUCCGAAAGCUGCAGACCACCAGCAACGCCUUCAUUGUGAAUGGCUGCGCCGCGGAUCUCAGCGUCUGCGCCCUCUGGAUGCCACAGGAGGCGGUACUGGGGCUCCUGCCCGCCGGCUCCGCGGAGCCCCCGGGGGACUGGGACAGUGGCGGAGGCAGCUACAGACUGCUCCGGGGCGGGUUGUUGGGCCUCGGGCUCACUGUGUCCCUUCUGUCCCAUUGCCUCGUGGCUCUGAACCGCUACUUGCUCAUCACCAGGGCGCCUGCCACCUACCAGGUGCUGUACCAGCGGCGCCACACGGCGGGCAUGCUGGCACUGUCCUGGGCGCUCGCCUUGGGUCUGGUGUUGUUGCUCCCGCCUUGGGCUCCCAAGCCGGGAGCGGAGCCCCCGCAAGUCCACUACCCCGCGCUCCUGGCGGCGGGAGCGUUGCUGGCACAGACGGCGCUGCUGCUGCACUGCUACCUGGGCAUCGUGCGCCGCGUGCGCGUCAGCGUCAAGCGGGUCAGCGUGCUCAACUUCCACCUGCUGCACCAGCUACCGGGCUGCGCCGCCGCCGCCGCCGCCUUCCCCGCCGCCCCGCACGCUCCGGGUGCCGGAGGCGCCGCUCAUCCCGCGCAGCCUCAACCCCUGCCGGCCGCCCUGCAGCCUCGUCGGGCGCAGCGGCGUCUCAGCGGUUUGUCUGUGCUGCUGCUCUGCUGCGUCUUCCUGCUGGCCACGCAGCCGCUGGUGUGGGUGAGCCUGGCCAGCGGCUUCUCCCUCCCGGUGCCCUGGGGCGUGCAGGCGGCCAGCUGGCUCCUGUGCUGCGCCCUGUCGGCGCUCAACCCGCUGCUCUAUACUUGGAGGAACGAGGAGUUCCGCAGAUCAGUGCGUUCAGUUCUGCCCGGCGUCGGGGACGCAGCUGCGGCCGCUGCAGCCGCCACCGCGGUGCCAGCCAUGUCCCAGGCGCAACUGGGUACCCGGGCGGCUGGCCAGCAUUGGUAACACACCUUUCUUGGAGGGGCUUCCUAAGCUACUUGCCGCACCGCACCACCUCCUUCUUUUGUAAGCUAUCCCCGUCCCCUGGGAAGAUCCCGGUGGAGGAGAUUUUCGUCUUCUUUCCUAGUGCAAUACCUGAACCAAGGUCUUCCCCUAAAUGGAGCCCAAUUGUGUGCGGCCAUUCGACUUUUACCUUUUUGUUGCUGUGUUCUAAAGACACCCUUAGGUCCAUUCAGACACCCAGAUCGCAAGGACUUGUAAACUGGCAUUUUAAAAGAACCGGUUAAUUUAUUUCAAGCUUGCUUUUGAAAAAGAACUUUCAUAGCAAACAACCCUUCCGACCUCCACCGUCUUACAUUCGAAGCGCCUUGAGUGUGUGGGUGUGCAUGAGCCAAAGGUAACACCGUGGAGGAAUACAUUGUGUGUGUGUGUGUGUAGACAGUAUUCUAACCAUGCUUCCUUCUGUUGUAGUUUAGUCUUUGUAUAUUGACCUCGAAGAGUGAAACCACAGGUGUGUACACGGGCGUGAGUUGCCAUUGAGCCCCCAAGCCCUUUAUUCUUAAAAGGGUUUGUUUUUUUUCUUUUCUUUUUAAAUUGAGUCAUUUUUGAAAUGAGAUCGACUCUCAAGCCAGUGAGGAAACAAACCAAAUGUAUUAUUUUACUCUCCUCUUUAUUCCCUUCUAAGGUGGAAAGUUACCGUCGAGUAUUAAAGUGGAAAAAAAUGUCAAGUUUUGGAUGGUCCGAAACUAGAAAUGGAAUUUUGAAAGCAAAAAAAAGGGGGGGGAGGGGCUAUCUAUUUUAGGUCGCAGUUUCACAUUUUCUAAGGCAUGCACACUUCUUGCUACCCUCAUUUGUAACCGACUUAUUUGCCUCUGAGUGUGAUCGCAACUUUGAACAUUCUGUACUAUAAUGGUUGCUAGGGAGGAUGACUCCUGUAUUCUCUUUAAGAUAUCUCAAUGCACAUGACAUAAUUAAACACUGAUACCAUAAUUGCAUAGCUAAUGUUAGCUGCUAUUGCAUGCUCCUAGAUGCUAGAACUUAUCGGGCAUGUGGCAUACAAAGCAAUACCCAUUAGACAAGGACAUUUUACUUCUUCCAGAAGAAAAGGCCUUUCAGUCAUUUGAAAAGAGACUUAGACGAACCUGUGGCUACCUAGAGUUCUUGUCUUGAACUGGUUUGUGAGAAAACUCCCAUUUGGGGACUUUAUCUCCCCAGUGAAACCAAUGGUCAGGAUGAUACCCUAAUACAGUCUGGAUCCACAAAGGUAUUGUGUACUUUAGGGGUUACACAAGCCACACGUUAGGAAAUAGCACUGUCUUAUGUUGUUCAUAUAAUAUAUAUAUAUAUAUAUAUUACAGAAACAUUUACUAUUAUAUCAUGUCUGUUGAAGAGGGAAUCAUGCAGGCAGUUAUGCAGGAGGAGAAUGGUCCAAACGGGACUCUGUUCUCCAGUGUAUCAGUUGAGGUCCGACAUCUUCAUCUUUGACUUCCUAAAUGUGGUUAGAUGCAUUUAUAAUGUACAAUAACAUGCGACAUCAUUUUGUAAAAUUAACAGGGGAGAAAGUAACAAGAGGUGUAGAUCAGUCUGUUAGUCACAUCAAAUCUGAGGCCAAAUAGCCUCGAUUAACCUGGUAGUUCAGGAGCGCAGACAGCUUGCUUUGCUGCACUCUUGGACCAAGAAUGGUAAGGACGCUUGUAUAUUUGAAAACGUAUGGGAGGCACGAGGAAACGGACAUUUUGUAGUAAGACAAAAUAAAAUAAAUAUGUUUGUCACUAACAGUACAUCAGCAGUCAUGUCAUUAACCAAACUGUGUGCAUGUAUCAUUUUUCUCUUAUGGAGAUUUUCUUUUUCUGUUUCCAGUUUCCUGGAUUCAGAUGUUGAAUUAAAGUUUAGAUAAUGCUU